GACUGAGCGCACGUCUCUCCAGGCUUUACCGCGACUGUUUCUGCUAGAGACUCAUACGAACCUGUUAUUCAAGUCAACCGAAUCACUAGUGUUUCAGCGAUUCUCGCACUGCAGUGGUGCACAUUUAUAUUUACGUUUUCAACGUGCAAAACAAUCCAUUGCACUAGUAUCUAUUCAUUUGAAGAGCAUUAUUUCCCGGACUCGAUGGAUUUUCUGUGGCUGGUGUGCGUUGCGGUGAGCGUCAGCGCCUGGUACGCGUCUGCGGAGCGACACAGUGUUUACUGGAACAGCACGAACGCAAAUUUCCUAUGGGAUGAUUACACCGUGGAGGUCCGCAUUAAUGACUACCUAGACAUCAUCUGCCCUCACUACACACGUGGCGAGAUCCCAUCCCAGGAGGCCGAGCGGUACGUGCUCUACAUGGUGGAAUUGGAGGACUACGAGAACUGCAAGCCGCAGUCCUUUGACCAGCUCCGCUGGGAGUGCUCCAGACCUUUCGCUCCUCACGCUCCAGAGAAGUUCUCCGAGAAGUUCCAGCGCUUCACUCCCUUCACUCUGGGCAAAGAGUUCCGCCAGGGAGAGAGUUACUACUAUAUUUCCAAGCCUCUUCACCAUCAUGGACAGGAGUGUUUGAGACUGAAGGUGGAUGUAGUUGGACCUCAUGGUUCCAAGAACAAGAAGCAGACCAUGGAAAAAGAUGAGGAAUUAGAAGGGAAGAUGGCUGCUGGUGGAGUCCAUAACCCAUCAAACAGGCUUCCAGCAGAUGACCCUAUUGCCAUGAUCCCAGUUGUGCAGAGGAGCGUGGGCAGUUCGGGUGUUCGCAUUGCUCCCAUCUCAAGUUUCAUCACAUUGAUCUCUAUAUUCCUCUUCCUGCUUCUCCACUGAGCCUAAUAUAAGAAGACUUUAUGGACGCUGGUCCGUUAGGACCCAAAAGACUGUAAUGCCGGUGCUGGUUAUCGGCUUUGAAAAUAGAUUUUAUACGAAGAAUUUUUAUACAAACUGACGUUUUGGUGCUGGCGUGCAAGUUGCUGAGUGACGUGUUUGUAUUUGUGAGAGUGAUGUGACCAGAGAAAGGUAUUUUUGAAGAACCUUCUCUCUUUUAUUUUUUAUUUUUUGAAGAGUAUUUACCAUUCUCUGCUUCUUUUCCCCAUCAGCUCUUUUUGAUUUACUUUUGUAGAUUGCGUGUUCAUUCUUCCUGAAAAUUCAUCACAAAUUAAUUUACCAAUGUGAUGCAGAUUAAACCCUGAAGACCGGAGAGCUUGUCUUGUAACCAUCAUCAGCUGUAUAACUGGAAUUGUGAUCACAAGGGUGAACAAUAGGUUCGAUAUUGUGUUUGAUAGAGACCUUCGCUCUACUGUACCGAUUUGAGCCAAAGAUCACAGGAUUUAUCUUAAAACUGAACCUGAUCUUGCACCUUAUAAAGAGUUGAUGUUUGUGCAUGUAACAGUGUUUGCAAAUCUAGAAGAGUUAUCAAGCAUUGGUGUUUCCUGUGUUUUGGAUCUCGUGUUGCUGUAGUUUCAGUUGGUUUCUGUGAUGUAAUGUGAACACACCCUACAAAAUGUACUGGCACUAAUGUAUAGAUGAGAUCAGAGUUUUUUUUAAACAACAUUUGGUUUUGAACAGGAAUGUUUGGUUGUGCUGUUUGUGUUUUGUGAGCAAGAGAGAGAGAGAAGCCGGACUUCUGACAGAGAGCACAACAUGCACAAACAAUUCAACGGUUUAAUAAAUUCUCUCAAAUAAGUUAAAAGAACAAUUUCUUUUGUAAAAACUUGUUUUGUACUGUUACUGGUUUAUAAACUUGUAAAUAGUUAUGUAAAAAUGUACAUAUUGAGAGUUAUAUAAAAUAAAGA